AUGGGCCGCGUCCCCUUCUUCCUCGUCGUCGUCGCCGCCGCGCGAGCCGACGAUGCCCCGCGCUGCGCCGACGACCCGUUCUGGAUCGCCGCGGACGCCGGCGGCCGCCGGCGCACCUGCGGCUGGGUGAGCCGGCGGCCCGACGCCGCGCGCUGCGCGCUCGCCGACGCGCGCGGCGUCGCCGCCUUCCGGUCGUGCUGCGCGUGCGCGGAGGUCCUGGCGCCCGUCCGUAAAACCGCGACGACGCUCUCCAUCACGACGACCCCGGAGGCCGUGACGUGCUCCGGCGCCGGCGCGCUCUUCGGAAGACCGGGCCCCAAGGCGGACCCGAUCGCGGGCUGCGCGGUCUCCGAGAGCGAGGCGCGGGCGCGCUACUACCCGCGCGAGUGGGGCACGGACGACGUCGUCGACGUCACCCUCCACCGCGACGGCGCCGUGUCGACGGCGAACCCCUACGGCGCUGUGGGCUUCGCGGCCUGGGCGACCGCAGGCGUCGUCUACGGCGGGUCAGAUGGUGCUGAAGUCGACGCCUACACCGCGGCGGACCUGGCCGCGUUCCUCGAAUCCGACGACGCCCUCGUCAUCCACGUGCGCGCGGACUUCGCGAUGCCCCAGGUCGUGCUCUACGACCGGAGCGACAAGACCGUCGAGGGCCACCGCCACACGUUGCGCUGGAGCGACGACACGGACUCCAAGUCCAUGUUCGUGUUCUGGGACUGCUGGAACAUCGUCUUUCGGGAGUUGCGGCUCGAGCAGGGCGAGGCCGACUCGCCGGGCGCGGACGUCUUCUACCUCCGCGGCGGCCACCACUUCCUCUUCGACAAGCUCACGUUCGACUACGAGGGCUGCAACACGGAGACGUGCGACGAGUCGAUGCACUUCCAGUCGCCCGUGACCUUCGUGACGGUCCAGCGCUGCCUCUUCGACACCUACAAGCAGAACAUGAACAUCAAGCACGGGAGCCGGCUCGGCAACUACGGCUACGACGACAAGUCCGCGCGGAUCACGUUCUACGAGAAUUUGUUUUUGAACGGCAACUCGCGGGAGCCCAAGAUCGACGUGGGCUGGGUCCACCUCGUGAACACGCUCUGGAUCGACGAGGACGCGCACAGCUACUACGGCAUCCGCGCGAUCGCCGAGGGCGACGUGCUGCCGGAGGUGCUCGUCGAGGGGGCCUACGUGGAGAACUUCGACAAGAUCUACUACCACGAGGAGGGCGGGCUCAUCGCCGAGGACUUUUGCAACGUCGACGAGUUCUCGCGGGACCGCGCGUCGACGCCCCGGGCCAAGGCCGACCUCUCGUGGUGCGCGCCCUACGACUACUACCGCAUGGACCCCUUCGACUGCCACGAGAUCGCGCGCGUCCGCGCGAACGCCGGGGCCGUCGUCGGCACGACGGGCGCGCCGUCGGCGUCGCCCGCGCCCUCGGCCGCGCCGUCGCGCGCGCCGUCCUACGCGCCGACGGCGCCGCCGACGCGCUACGCGCCGAGCCCGGGCCCGUCGACCUACGCGCCGACGGGCGUCGCCGCGCCCUCGCGCCCGCCGUCGGCGCCGCCCACGGUCGCCGCCGCGCCGUGGCACAAGCGGGGCGCGCCGUCGAAGGACUGCGCCUGGGUCGCGGACUACGCGCCGCGCUGCGCCGUCGUCGGCGACGACGGCUCGCUCGCCGCGGACGCCUGCGUUUCCUGCGGCGGCAGCGAGUGCGGCGGCCGGCCCUUCUACGACUGCGCGGACUGCCCGAGCCACUCGGCGCUCUACUACGACGACGGCCUCGGCUACUGGUUCGUCGGGCCCAACGGCUGCGGCUCGCAUACCGUGGCCAUGUACGCCGUCGACGGCGCGCGGAGCCCGGACCGCGUGGCCGUCGCGUGGCGCGAGUGGGACGGCGCCGGCUGGGCCGCGAGCGACGGGGCCGUGACGGCCGUCGGCCCCGCGCCGACGCGCGCGCCGUCGGCGUCGACGCCGCCGUCGCUCGCGCCGUCGGCGGCGCCGUCGCUGUCGCCGCGGCCGUCGGGCCUCCCGACGCUCCUGCCCGCGCCGUCGCCGACGACGGCCGCGCCGGCGCCCGCGCCGACGACGGCCGCGCCGUCGCCCGCGCCGUCGACGGCGGCCCCGUCGGCCGCGCCCUGCGGCGCCGUCGCCGUCGCCGGCUCGGACCGGUCCAUCCACGCGAGCCGAAUGGGGGUCUAUGUGUCUCGCGGCGACGCCUGCGCCGGCCGGCCCUUCUACGAGUGCCUCGACUGCGCGGGCGCCUCGGCGCUCUACUACGACGACGAGCUAAACUACUGGUUCGUGGGCCCCAACGGCUGCGGCUCGCUGACCGUGGCCAUGUACGUCGUCGACGCCGCGCGGUCGCCGGACCUCGCGGCGGCGACGUGGCGCGAGUGGGACGGGUCGGGCUGGUCGCUCUCGAACGCGACGCUGUCGUGCCUCCCCGCGCCGACGCCCGCGCCGAGCGCGGCCCCGACGCCGGCGCCCUCGACGGCCGCGCCGACCUUGUCCGUCGCGCCGACGUCGCCCGCGCCGAGCACGGCGCCGUCGUUUGGGCCGAGCGUGCUGCCCGCGCCGCUCCCGACGACGGCCGCGCCGUCGGCCGCGCCGUCGCCGCGGCCCUCCGCCGCGCCGGCGCCGGCGCCCUCGGCCGCGCCGUCGCCGGCGCCGUCGGUCGCGCCCGCCGGCAAGCCGAGCCGCGGCUGCGCCUACGUCGCGGGCAAGGCGUCGCGCUGCUCCAAGGAGGACGCCGACGGCGUCUCCGCCGCCGACGCGUGCGAGCGCGCGUGCGGGCGCUGCGACGAGCCGGCGGCGUGCGAGGACAGCGCGUCGUGGUACGCGAAGAAAGCCAAGAAGGACUGCGACUACGUCGCCGAGCAGCCCGAGGAGCGAUGCGGCAAGAAGGGCCUCGACGCCAUCCGCGCGAUCGUCGCCUGUCCGGCGGCCUGCGGCGCGUGCGACGACGACUGCGCGGACUCGGCGUCGUGGUACUCGAAGAAGAGCAAGAAGGACUGCGCCUACGUCGCCGCGGACCCGGGGAAGCGCUGCUCGAAGCAGGGCCAGGGCUCGAUCCGCGCCGAGGACGCGUGCCCCGCGGCCUGCGGCGCGUGCGACACGCCGGCGCCGUCGUCGGCCGCCGUCGACGCGGCGUGCGCGGACUCGUCGUCCUGGACCGAGGCGGGCCGGCCGAGCCGCGGCUGCGCCUACGUCGCCGACAAGCCGUCCGAGAAGCGCUGCGGCAAGGAGGACGAGUCCGGCGUGUUGGCUUCGGCCGCGUGCGCGGCCGCGUGCGGCGCGUGCGGGCCGCCGCCCGUCUCGCCCUUCGGCUAAAUAACCUGUGUCACGGUGA